AUGAUCGUGCGCUUCCUUACCAAGAGAUUCAUUGGCGACUAUGAACCGAAUACAGGCAAGCUGUAUUCACGGCUCGUCUGUGUAGAGGGGGACCAACUGUCUCUGCAGAUCCAGGACACUCCCGGUGCAACCCAGGUGCAAGACAACCUCAGCCAGAUGGUUGAUUCCCUGUCCAAAUGCGUGCAGUGGGCCGAGGGCUUUCUGCUGGUCUAUUCCAUCACAGACUACGACAGCUACCAGUCCAUCCGACCCCUUUACCAGCACAUCCGGAAGGUCCACCCUGACUCUAGAGCCCCGGUCAUCAUCGUGGGCAACAAGGGGGACCUUCUGCAUGCCCGGCAGGUGCAGACGCAUGAUGGCAUUCAGCUAGCCAAUGAGCUGGGCAGCCUGUUCCUUGAAAUUUCCACUAGCGAAAACUACGAAGACGUCUGUGAUGUGUUUCAGCAUCUCUGCAAAGAAGUGAGCAAGUUGCACAGCCUCAGCGGGGAAAGGAGAAGAGCUUCCAUCAUCCCGCGGCCCCGCUCUCCCAACAUGCAGGACCUGAAGAGGCGCUUCAAGCAGGCUCUGUCUUCCAAAGUCAAAGCCCCCUCCACGCUGGGGUGAAC